GGGCUGAUUUUCUUGUGCGUCUUCGGGUCUGGAUUACGAAGCCCUGCGAGUGCUGCUGAGACGACGACGGCAGCUGGUCGGGAUGCAGUCCAGGGGACACGGACCAUCGGCCAGCCUGGCUCCGCUGGCGGCGGCGUUACUGGUCGGCCUGGCCGCCCUGGGAACCGCUCAGGAGAGCCGCUUCCUGAGCGUCCCCUGCGCCAAGCUGUUUCCUUCCAUGGUUCCCAUGCUGAGGCCUUGCUCCUGCUACCUGGUCGGGCCCCCGGAUAACGGCACGGGGAUCAACUGCGACCGAGUUGCCUUCCAGGGCAACUUCCCGCUGCUGCCGUACCGCCAGCGCAUCCACCGGUUCUCGCAGCGCCACGCGGGCGUCCAGGACCUCGAGGCGCAGCUGUUCACGGCCAGCGGCAUCCCGUUGCGCGUUCUCGACCUUUCUCACAACCGCGUCCGGCGGCUCACGGACCGCAUGCUCGAGGGCGUCCACAACACCCUCGAGGAGCUACACCUGGGCUUCAACCUGCUCGGCGACCAGCUGAGUCCCGUGUUCGCCAGCAACGAGCUCCGGAGGCUCAGGGAGCUCAGGCUCCUCGACCUCUCCUACAACCUGCUCCAGGGCAUAGACUCCGGAGUCUUCAAGGGCAUCGAAAAACUCGAGGUUCUCCAUAUCAACGGCAACAACUUUGAGGACGUACCGUCGUCCAGCCUUGUGGACCUCCCGGCCUUAACCUGGCUCAGCCUGGAUGAAAACCGGAUCGAGCACGUUCCCAAGGGCGCUUUUCCUCACCUUUCCUCGCUGCAAACCCUUAACUUGACGAGCAACAAGAUCUCCGUCAUCGAAGACGGCGCGUUCGCCACUCUGCCAUCCGUCCACAUCCUUCUUCUUGGGGGCAACCGCCUGAAAACGUUGCCAGGGAGUGCGUUCGAUGGCCUCAACCGACUUACGACACUCGAUCUUUCGAACAACUUCAUGGUGCACAUUCCCACAACCACGCUGCGUCGCCUUCCGUCGCUCAAAAUGCUCGCGAUGAGCGCCAACAAGAUAAGGACGUUCAACGGAGCCCUGCCGUCAGACUUGAGGUCUCUGGAAUACCUAGACCUCGGCAGGAACGAAAUAUCUCAAAUCGAACCGGGAAGCUUCGAAGGCAUGAAGAGCCUGAAGGUUCUGAAACUAGACGUCAAUCAGAUUCGCAAAGUGGACGCAUCUACUUUCCGAGGCCUCGAAAACCUGGAAUCCAUUCAUUUAAACGACAACCAACUUCUCGUUUUUCCCUCCGCACUUUUGAGUUCGCUUCAAAAGCUUCAAAAAGUGCACCUGGACUACAACAGGAUUGCGGUGCUUUCCCCGGCGGUCGUCAGCCCUGGUAUGAACAUACGAGAACUGUCCCUGGCCUACAACCUCAUCGCGGAAAUUCCUAACGGAACGUUCAAGAGUUUUCCGUCCCUCGAGACGCUCAACCUUCGCGGAAAUAAGAUCACCACCCUGUCUUCCGGGAACUUGGGUGGCUUGCAGAAGUCACUCAUGGCUCUGGACUUGGGAGACAAUGGCAUCGUGUCAGAUUCGCUUCAGCUGGACUUCCCCAACUUGCAGCUUUUGAGCUUGGGAAUGAACAAGUUGACCGCCCUUCCCUCCAGCGCCUUGUCUGCUCUCAGGAAGCUCAAACGUCUUGACCUGAGAUCAAAUCAGAUUCGUGAUCUUCCAGUCGGCUCCCUCGCGGCGCUCCGUGAACUGCAGUUCCUUGAUCUGGGUUAUAACAACAUUGCGGAAAUCAGGUUCGGUGCGCUUUCAAAUCUCGUCGAUCUUCGCGAGCUCUCUCUCACGAACAAUUUUAUUAGAGACAUGAACUCUAAGGCUUUCGCAAACCUCACAAACUUAGCGACACUCGACUUAAGCAAGAAUCGGUUCAGUAAUAUUCGGACCGGGACGUUCGACAACCUGCCCGCGCUUCGGAAGCUGCAGCUGCAGGAGAACGAACUCAACUCUUUCAAAGCCGAACUUUUUACGAGGGAAACGGGUAUCGAAGAGCUUGACCUGAGUCAUAACCAAAUAGCAUAUUUGUAUCCGGAUUCAUUUACGAUGCACCAACGACUUCGAAAAUUAGAUGCUAGUCAUAACAAACUAUCGUUUUUCCCGAGUGAAAUAAUUCGCUCGAUUUGGUCUUUAGAACACCUCAGUCUCGGUUAUAAUAAACUGCACACUUUGGAAGACUCUGACUUCGCGGAUUUGCCGAACUUGCGGCACCUCGAGCUACAGCAUAACCAGAUCAGCGGCGUCGGCGACAGAGCUUUUCAAAAUUCUACACAGUUGCGCCAAAUCCAACUUCAGCAUAACCAAAUUUCGCAGUUAGGGGACAAACUUUUCCAAGGAAUUAGUCAAGUUAACCUAGAUUUGAGCUACAACCACCUGAGUGCACUCCCUUCGGACAUAUUCAGCCGCCUCAGGGACUUCAAGCUGGAGAGCAUCAAUCUUGCUCACAAUCAGUUCAGUGUGUUUCCUACCCUAGCUCUUAGGAAGCAAUACUCUUUCCUUGAACGAGCUAAUUUUUCUAAUAAUAACAUCGAAGACUUCCCAUCGAAUGCCGACGUCCUUGUGAACAUAAAGGAGUUAGAUGUCUCCAACAAUCCCCUUUCUCCCAAUGCCCAUCACGUACUCUUGGCAGAGCCAAAAAGCGUUCGAUUUCUGCACUUGGCCAACACCGGAAUUAGAAGCUUGCCACUAAUUGAAAGUCCCUUCUUGCGGCUGUUGAAUCUGUCGGGCAACGCUAUAACGACGAUUAGUUCCGACAGCUUUCAAAAGACGACACUCUUGGAAGUUCUGGAUCUUUCCAACAACGAAAUACCUAACCUUAGCGUCAGCACCGUCGGCGCCUGGAACAAUCUCGAGAAGUUGCGAAAGCUUGACAUUUCUGGAAACCCCAUUGCAUACUUAAUUAAGGGCGACCUAGAGGCCCUCGGAAGUUUAGAAGAAUUCCGGUUUUCCGGGCUUCCCAAGCUAAGCCAACUUGAGUGCGAAGCCCUGAUUCCGUUGUCGAAGGUGUCGAAGAUUGAUUUGUACGGAUAUCCCAGCCUUCAGUCUCUAGAAACACGGAAGUGCCUCGAACCGUUUGAAGGUCUUGAAAGUUUGGGGAUAGAAAUUAAAGAUCGCAUGUUCAAGGAUCAGUUGCAGAAAGCCUACAGCCCACGGCUCAACAAGCUUUUCGUCACAGGAAGUAGCAUCACUGGCUUGUCGUCGAGUGCCUUCGCUGGCAUCCGAAGUCCAGAAUUCCGAGUGUCUAUUUCCGGUACAGGUAUCAGCGACCUUCCAACGACCAUUUUCCUUCCUUUGCCGCUCUCCACCAAACGUAUUCUAACCGCCGAUUCCAAUCAAAUCAAAAGAGUGAGUACUCAGCUUUUAGCAGCAAUCGACAGCAAACAGGCUGUCCUCAGAGUAGGAGGCAUCCAACAAAAUCCCAUAACUUGCGAUUGCAACUUGCUGCCAUUUUGGCGCUGGAUCCAAGAUCACCAGGGACUACGUAGAAAAGACGGCAAGCAGUCACUCGUCAAUGUAGCAUGCGUUCACCCACAUCACUUGAACAAAAUUCUCGUUUCAAACCUCCAAAUGGACGACCUAUUCUGCGAUGACGACAACAAUGAAGAAGAAAACGAGGAGUCACCGGCAACUUCACGCCGGCACAAGACGACCACGGGAACCUCUCCGUCGCGGAAUCCGACAACUACGAACAUCCUACGCAAGACAACACCGUACCGCAACGAACCCGACAUCAUUUUCGAAGCGCCCACGACGACGCGUCCACGUCCGGCCGGCGGACAGAGCGUCCUCACGAAAGUGGACACGAUGAUUAUCGGGAUUGUCGCUGGCGUCGUGGCAUUCGUUUGUAUACUCAUCAUGAUCAUCUGCAUUGUGAGACUUCGGAGAUCGCGGCCUCGCUACACGUCGGGGCCUGUGCCCGUCAUGAACGGCCACGUCAAGUGCACGUGCCUCAAGCCCCCGCCAAGCACGUGCACCUGUUUCCCGCCAUACGCAGUGCCACUCUCCUAUCAUCCGGGCCCGAAGAUGAUGGGCCCUCCUUCCAUGUACAACACCAUGUCCAGGUCGACCGCAUACUUUGGUGCCUACGAGAGCGACAUGGACCAUCGGUGAUACGUGUCAAAGGAACCGUGAAUGACGUAGAAGCUCAAAAGACCAUAUAUGUGCGUGUACGCCACAAGUGACUUUAUGUAAAUGGUGUUGAAUAUUGCGAACAAAUGACAGAGUGAACUGUGUACAGACCAAAAUUGGGCGAUUCGCACAAGUCGUUAGACAUAUUUCAUGCCCUUCGCUGCCACUGAACACAGUUUGCUUGAAAGUAUUUGUGUUCGACGUGUCACUGGAGGAUCUUGUUAGGGUACCAAAUGCUAUGGGACAUUCUACGGAUAUUGUUACUCAUCAACUAUCAG